GGCUUGGCGAUUAGUUGACCAGUUAGGCUUGGCGAUUAGUUGACCAGUUAGCCUUGGCGAUUAGUUGACCAGUUAGCCUUGGCGAUUAGUUGACCAGUUAGCCUUGGCGAUUAGUUGACCAGUUAGCCUUGGCGAUUAGUUGACCAGUUAGCCUUGGCGAUUAGUUGACCAGUUAGCCUUGGCGAUUAGUUGACCAGUUAGCCUUGGCGAUUAGUUGACCAGUUAGCCUUGGCGAUUAGUUGACCAGUUAGCCUUGGCGAUUAGUUGACCAGUUAGCCUUGGCGAUUAGUUGACCAGUUAGCCUUGGCGAUUAGUUGACCAGUUAGCCUUGGCGAUUAGUUGACCAGUUAGCCUUGGCGAUUAGUUGACCAGUUAGCCUUGGCGAUUAGUUGACCAGUUAGCCUUGGCGAUUAGUUGACCAGUUAGCCUUGGCGAUUAGUUGACCAGUUAGCCUUGGCGAUUAGUUGACCAGUUAGCCUUGGCGAUUAGUUGACCAGUUAGCCUUGGCGAUUAGUUGACCAGUUAGCCUUGGCGAUUAGUUGACCAGUUAGGCCUGGCGAUUAGUUGACCAGUUAGCCUUGGCGAUUAGUUGACCAGUUAGUGCUGGAAUAGAUCAAAUAAGUGAAAGAGACUGGCUAGUGAUACUGGAGGAGCGAUUUGGGAAAUGAUUGAAUUCUGUUACAUAGCACCCCACUGCAAACAUGCUAUAUAUAUGGCUGGGGGAGAUUCCGUGAGAGGUUUCAAGUAUUGUAUGGUAUUCAGGGUCUUGUAUGGUAUUUAGGGUCUUGUAUGGUACUCAGUCCUGUAUAGUAUUGUAUGGUACUCAGUCCUGUAUAGUAUUGUAUGGUACUCAGUCCUGUAUGGUAUUUAGGGUAUUGUAUGGUACUCAGUCCUGUAUGGUAUUUAAGGGUAUUGUAUGGUAUACAGUCCUGUAUAGUAUGUAGGGUCUUGUAUGGUACACAGUCCUGUAUGGUAUUUAGGGUAUUGUAUGGUAUUCAGUCCUGUAUAGUAUUGUAUGGUAUUCAGUCCUGUAUGUACUGUAUGGUACACAGUCCUGUAUUGUAUGAUAUACAGUCCUGUAUGGUAUUUAGGGUCUUGUAUGGUAUACAGUCCUGUAUAGUAUUUAGAGUAUUGUAUGGUAUACAGUCCUGUAUAGUAUUUAGGGUAUUGUAUGGUAUACAGUCCUGUAUAGUAUUUAGGGUCUUGUAUGGUAUACAGUCCUGUAUAGUAUUUAGGGUAUUGUAUGGUAUACAGUCCUGUAUAGUAUUUAGGGUAUUGUAUGGUAUACAGUCCUGUAUGUAUAUUAGGGUAUUGUAUGGUAUGCAGUCCUGUAUAUUAGGGUCUUGUAUGGUAUUUAGGGUCUUAUAUGGUAUACAGUCCUGUAUGGUAUUUAGGGUAUUGUAUGGUAUUUAGGGUAUUGUAUGGUAUACAGUCCUGUAUAGUAUUUAGGGUCUUGUAUGGUAUACAGUCCUGUAUGUAUAUUAGGGUAUUGUAUGGUAUACAGUCCUGUUUUAUAUGUGUCUGAUGUCUGAAUGAAGGCGAUGACAGACAACCCCAGGAGGCCCACCAUGCAGGAAAUGGCCAGGAAGUAUAGCAGCGACCCAGAGAAGCGUCUGAACAAGAGGCUGGGGAUGAGCCUCCCCAACCUGGGAGAGGAGCGCCAUCUCAACCUCCUCAGACAAACCUCCCUCAAGAAGAUCAUUAUCCCUGACAGUGCCUUCAAGAUCCCGCCCAAGCCUGUGAAGAUCUUCAAGCUGCCAGAAUUUCCUCCUCCCAUGGUGCACCACCAUGUCCAGAACUACUAUGGAGAGUUGAUCAUACUACUGGGGAAGGCCAUCCUCUGUGUUCCUGAGAACUCCACACUCCUGGCCAGGUACUUCUACCUCCGCGGCUUCAUGAACACGCUGUGUUCCAAGCGUCUUGACGCCCUCAGCGACUUCCAGAACCUCUACAAGACGGACAUCGAGAUCUUCCCCGCCGACCUGGUGAAGGCGCUAGUGGACUCGCUGCAGAAGGACGAGCGCUCCCAGGUGGACCGGCGGCCAGAGCUCAUGCGGCUCAUUUUCAAGGUGAAGACAGACAACGAGAUGGUGCUGGUCCAAGCUGACGACCACGUGAAGAAGUUCCAGCUCCCUAAGACCCACAUGCUGCAGGAGGACUUUGUGAAGUGCAUCCAGGAGUCUGGGAUUGUGAAAGACGUCGCCACCAUCCAUAGGCUGUUUGAGGCUCUCACUGUGGGGCAACAGAAGCAGAUUGACCCAGAGGUGUUCCGUGUGUUCUACACCUUCUGGAAGGAGACGGAGGUGGAGGCCCAGGACGUUCACCUGCCAGCUGAGGUCAUAGAGCACCUUGACAACAACGAGUGUGUCUACAAGCUGUCCUGCUCCAUCAAAACCAACCAGGGAGUGGGUAAGAUCGCCAUGACACAGAAGAGGCUCUUCCUGCUCACUGACGGGAGGCCUGGGUUUAUCGAGAUCACCAAGUUCAGAGACAUAAAGGAGGUGAAAAUCUCCUUUGCUCCUUUCCUGCUGUUGAAGAUCCCGUCUCUGAAGAUCAAGUGCAGUCUGAGGAAGGAGGUGUUUGAGGCCAACCUGAAGUCUGCGUGUGACCUGUGGAAUCUCAUGGUCAGAGAGAUGUGGGCUGGGAGGACGAUGGCAGACGACCACAAGGAUCCUCAGUACAUGCAGCAGGCUUUGACUAACGUCUUGCUCAUGGAUGCUGUGGUUGGGUGCCUUCAGAGCCAGAAGGCCGUAUUUGCCGCUUCCAAACUGGCAUACUUUGACAGAGUGAAGCGUGAAGUUUCUAUGAUGGUUCCAAAGACAACAUCGGAGACGUUGAAACACAAGAUCAAUCCAUCACUAGACCUCCCAGCUCCACAGACUGUACACGUCUUACUCUACACACCAGGCCAGUUGAGUUACUCGGAGGCAGACGGAGAUGGGAACCCCAAGCUGUGGUGUGCCCUCAGUGGUGGGAGGGUGGUUGUGUUUGAUGCAGCCAGCUGGUCCAUGCAGCAGAACUGUGUUCAAGUGGGAUCCUCCCAACUGAACUGCAUGCUGGGAUUGGACCAGGAUCAAGUAUGGAUUGGCUCUCAGGAUUCCAUCAUUUACAUAAUUGACACUCGCAGCAUGUCCUGCAAUAAGCAGCUGACAGAGCACAGGCAUGAGGUUAUGGACUUUGCCCUGGAGGAGAGUGACAAGAUGAGCCAGACAUACUCCUGUAGUGCCGAUGGAACAGUCAUUCUGUGGGACCUCUCAACGCUAAAAGUGAAAAAGCAGUUUCAACUGGCCUGUGAUUGGCUUAUGUCCAUUCAGCUCUUCAAUGGAACACUGUGGUGCUGUGCCAGAGACGGCAUCGUUGAGCUGAGGAAGGACGGAACCCCACAUCGUAAGAUGACACUUCCUGAGGAUCUACGGAGCAUGCCCACUGAGUUCAGCAGCCUCAUCCUCUUCGUAGAGAGGGGGCAGUUGUGGACGAGCUGUUCUGAUUCUGACGAGCUCUGUCUCUGGCACUGUAAAGACCUGACCAAGCCUUUCCUGAGGGUGCAGCUGCAGAACUGUACAGGGGUCAACUGUAUGAUCAAGGUUAAGAAUCAGAUCUGGGUUGGCUGCAGCGGGCCGAGCCCUGACCAAUGCAGGGUGAGUGGGAAGAUCUACAUAGUGGACACAGAGAGCCACAGUGUAGAGAAAGAGCUGAUGGCCCACACAGACAGUGUCCAGGCACUGUGCUCUGCAGAGGGCCGCUAUGUACUCAGCGGCUCCGCCUGCCAGGAUGGCAAAAUCGCCAUUUGGAAGGUUGAGUAGAGGACGAGUAGCCUGGUCCAGUAUCUGUUUGUGUGGUUUUGCCAACUCUUAAGUGAAUCAAAUGUUUGGCACAACAAUGACCGGAGUUUCCUAAACAGCAGAAAUAGAUGUGGGACCAGGUUCGAGGAAGAGCCCUACAGACCCUGAGGAGUCCUACAGGUCUGAAGAGGCUAUAAACGCCUCAAACUCAACUCUGGACCUGGAAGCCAGUUCCACUGCUUUGUUUCAUUGUUCCCCUUUAAUCAGGGACUGAUUUAGACCAGGGACACCAGGUGGUUAUAAUGAAUUAGCAGGUAGAACAGAAAAGCAGCAGCUCCACCACGCUGCUCCACCUUGUGGUCUGCCCCCCAACCCCACCACUCCACCUUGUGGUCUGCCCCCCAACCCCACCACUCCACCUUGUGGUCUGCCCCCCAACCCCACCACGCUGCUCCACCUUGUGGUCUACCUCCCAACCCCACCACGCUGCUCCACCUUGUGGUCUGCCUCCCAACCCCACCACUCCACCUUGUGGUCUGCCCCCCAACCCCACCACGCUGCUCCACCUUGUGGUCUACCUCCCAACCCCACCACGCUGCUCCACCUUGUGGUCUGCCCCCCAACCCCACCACGCUGCUCCACCUUGUGGUCUGCCCCCCAACCCCACCACGCUGCUCCACC